GCAGUCCAUACAUCCCCAGCCCCUGCACCUUCUCAUCCCCCCCUUCAGAUAACACUUAUGUUCUCUGUGAUGUCCUUCUCCUGUGCAGACCUGUGUCCUUAGAAUACAGGGGGGAGGGGAGGUGAGGAGCUGUGUACUCAGCUGGAUGAGAUGAGGGGGCGUGGCUCAUUGUAAUCAUGCAGACAGAGAAAAAAAAAAGCUGUGACAUCUUGUCCACAACAGACUCAGAACUGUGGACAACAGUAAAAGAAAACCCUCUGAACUACAGAACUUCCUGAUCAACAAACAGGUAGCAGGCACAAAGUACAGAGGCAGGGGGCGUGUCCGAUCGCAGCACGGGCGGGCGGGCCUAGGAUAAGCCCCGCCCCUGGCAUUGAGAAAGUCAGUCAGGUCUAUAGAGCGCUCAGAGAAAGGAGACAGUCGGCACAGUGACCAGCUGGAGGAGUCCAUACAGAAUAUAUCCAUACAGAAUAUACCUCCAUACUGUACAUACUGCUGGAGGAGACAUGACGGACACUCUGCGCCCGGGGAACCUCAAGGGGAACGCUCUGUCCGACCAGACCUACUUCCGAAAGGGCAAGGCCAUCGCACAGACCGGUCGCAGCAAAUUACAGAAUCAAAGGGCCGGGCUGAACAAUCAGAUCCUGAAAGCAAUGCGGAUGAGAGCCGGGGCUGAGAACCUCCUGCGGGCGACCAACAACAGCAAAGUCCGAGAGCAGGUUCUGUUGGAGCUCAGUUAUGUCAACUCCAACCUGCAAGUUCUCAAGGAGGAGCUGGAACAUCUGAACAUAUCGGUGGAAGUGUACCAGCACACAGAGCAGAACGCCAGCAUUCCUCUCAUCCCUCUUGGCCUUAAAGAGACAAAGGAUGUUGAUUUCACAACUGCAUUCAAGGACUUUAUACUGGAACAUUACAGUGAAGAUGGAGCUGAUUAUGAGAAUGAGUUGGCUGACCUGAUGGACCUCAGACAGGCAUGCCGAACUCCUAGCCGAGAUGAAGCUGGCAUUGAGAUGUUGGUCAGUUAUUUCCAGCAGCUUGGAUUUUUGGAGAACCGAUUCUUUCCAUCCAGCAGAAAUAUGGGGAUACUGUUUACAUGGUAUGACUCCUUUACAGGUGUUCCUGUGAGCCAACCAAAUAUCUCAUUGGAGAAAGCCAGCAUUCUGUUUAACAUAGCUGCCCUAUACACGCAGAUUGGUACGCGGAGCAAUCGUCAGACAAAAAACGGAUUGGAGGAGGCGGUGACCAUGUUUCAGAAAGCUGCAGGUGUACUCAGUUACCUAAAAGAGACAUUCACCCACACCCCCAGCUAUGACAUGAGUCCAGCCAUGUUGGGAGCCCUGAUUAAGAUGCUUUUGGCAGAAGCCCACGAGUGUUACUUUGAAAAAAUGAUCGUAGCAGGAGUCCAGAAUGAAUUCUGCACUUUGGUAAAGAUGGCUCAGGAAGCCGCCAAGGUCAGUGAGAUCUACUUGCAAGUGUUUAAUGCUAUGAACCAGGCUCCUAUCAAGGAGAAUGUCCCCUACUCUUGGACCAUUAUGGUACAAAUAAAAUCCGAACAUUACAAAGCUCUGGCUCACUAUUUUGCAGCAAUCAUGCUCAUUGAUCACCAGUUGACAUCUCACGAUGAUGAAGACAAGCAGGAGAAAGCUUUAUCUCAGUUAUAUGACCACAUGCCAGAAGGCAUGACCGCAAUGAAAAUACUAAAAGAUAAACAGCAGCGGACCCUGCUAGGAAAAGCACAUUUAUCCAAAGCCAUUGUGUGCCACGAAGAAGCCCUGAGGCUAUCUAAUCUGUGCAGCAAACUCAAGCAGAUUGACAUCCUGCAAGAAAUACUAACUGCCUUCCACAAGAGGGCGAUGUGCAAAGACUCUAUUUACAAGAAAGAUGACGAAUUUCUCGGAAUACUAUUGGCUCCUGAUAUAGUUAGUAAAACAGAAUACAAGGUAGAGAUCAUUCCUCCCCCACUCUCCAGGGUGAAAGUGAUUGAUUUCUUUCAACGACUGGGUCCACUGUCAGUAUUCUCAGCUAAACAGAGGUGGACAGCACCCAGAAAGGUCCUCCUGACUCUUGAAGAUGGGGAGAUGGGGUUUAUCUUAAAAGGAGACUGCCCUGUACAGAUAACCUCACUGGACCCUCUGUGUCCUGCUGCAAGAGCAGGUGUGAAGGAAGGAGAUUACAUUGUUUCUGUGGAAAACAAGGACUGCAAAUGGUGCUCGAUAAAUGAAGUCAUGGAUAUGUUGAAUGGAAUAAAUGAAGAAGGGAAGGAUAUCAAAGUGAUCAGUAUCCAAGACCAAACAUCAAGUAUGCAUAACAAAAGCGCAACCUACUCAGCUGGGAUGCAGAAGACCUACUCCCUGGUCUGUCUAACAAUGGACGAUGACAAGAACACUAAAACACAAAAAGCAACAAAAAAAUUAUCAUUCCUCAGCUGGGGAUUCAGAAACCGCCAGAAAGCAGCAAGCACCUUAUGCCUUCCAUCUGCCACCGCCGGAAAGCCCCAAAGCAGCAAACUUUUCCUCUCACCAUACGAUAGCCGGACAUGUGACAGCGCCAUGUACUGAUCCCCAUGCUCCAAAGGACUCAUAUAGAGACAACUGUGACAAUCCCUAGAGCUGUGACAAUUAAUUUAUAUUUUCUUUCACCCUUCAAUCCACCUUAGCAUAGCGUCAUAGUAAGAUAGGAAUGUACUUUGGGGAAAAAAGGAAUCUGUUCUAAAAUAGCUAGAAAAUAUAUUGUAAUACGUAACCUUUUUAGAUUAGAACUAAAUCAUUAGUGAUUUCAAUUAUCCACAUUUAGCAAAACCUGUGUAAAGGAGCAGUGGUGCAGUUUCCCAUGGUGAACAAUCAGAUUGUUAUUCAGAGUUUUUUUUUUUUUUUAUUAAAUAAGUAAUCUGAUUGGUUGUUAUGGGAAACUGCACCACUUUUCCUGUAUAUCGGUCUUAAUAAAUUUUCCCCUUGUAAUCAACAGAAGCUUCAGGAAGGAAGCAUGUAUAUUUCUGCAGAAAGGUAGGCAUAAUACAAAUGCCUGGUUAUGGAUACUAUGCACUAGACCAGUGUUUCCCAACCAGGGUGCCUCCAGCUGUUGCAAAACUACAACUCCCAGCAUGCCCGGACAGCCAAAGGCUGUCCGGGCAUGCAGGGAGUUGUAGUUUUGCAACAGCUGGAGGCACCCUGGUUGGGAAACACUGCACUAGACUAAAGUAUGCCACCUUAAAAAACAAUUCAAGGUAAAACACCGCCACCUACUGCACAGGAAAGGCAGUGCAUCACUAACAUUAGUUCCUGCAUUCUUUAGCACGUUGUAUCACAAUAGUUGUAUCACAAUACAUGUUGUAUCACAAUAGUAAGAUCAGGAUAGAUUUUAAUCCUCCUUAGCUCAGUUAUUUUACUUUAUUUUACAAAAGGACCAAAGUUUAAGGUACUUACACAAUGAGAAGGGGCGACAUGGUAUAGGCUACCGUUACUUUCCUUCAGAUGCUGCUAUAUGUCAGUGAGAUAAUUUCAAAUGUUUGUCUUCAACCACUAUCUUGUAUGAUGCUAAACGUAUUGUAAUGUUUUCUUUCCAUAUUUAUGUGUUGUUUAUAUGGUGUUUUUACUAUAGGGUGUAGCUGAGAUCAGCUAUAUUGUUACUGUAGGUCAGUGGUCGGCAGCCUGUGCCUCUCUAGCUAUCAUGACAUUACAACCCCUAGACUUUCCUGACCAUGAUGGGAGUUGUAUGAUCAAAAGGGCUGCAAAGUGUCAAACCACUGUUCAUUUUGUGGUUAAACAAAUGUGUAAACUCAUAUGCAUUAAUGUGCAAAUGUCACUUAUUUACUUGGGAGCUCUUUACAGAUUUUAACUCUUAAACCACUAAAGAAAAGCCAUUUCUUUAUAGAUGCAACUUACAGGAAAAUGACAGAAGAUUCACCUGCACUAGAUGCUAUACCCAGGGUUAUAUGGAUUAAAAUGAGAAACAACUUACUCUGAUUUGCGCCGCUGAUACAAGAAGCAUUAGGGUCCGUUGUGAAAGGGGUUAUCCAGGAAAAAACUUUUUUUUAUAUAUCAACUGGCUCCAGAAAGUUAAACAGAUUUGUAAAUUACUUCUAUUAAAAAAUCUUAAUCCUUUCAGUACUUAUGAGCUUCUGAAGUUGAGUUGUUCUUUUCUGUCUAAGUGCUCUCUGAUGACACGUGUCUUGGGAACCGCCCAGUUUAGAAGAGGUUUGCUAUGGGGAUUUGCUUCUAAACUGGGGGGUUCCCGAGACAGGUGUCAUCAGAGAGAACUUAGACAGAAAAGAACAACCUUAAAGGGUAGCUCCCACCAAGUACUAUAUACUCUAAUAUGUCCCUACCUAGUAGUAAUCUAGCCCUAACCCCCUACCUGGCUUAAAAUAUUUUUUUAAUCGCGUUAAUAGAGCAGAUUUAGUGCUUCUAAAUCUGCUCUAUAAAGCAGGGCAGCAAGCAGCGCUUCCCAACAGGCGUGAUGUCACUGACGCCUUGCUGGGCGCUUGCUUCCGCCCUCACAUCGUCUAUGCAUGAUUGUUCUUUUUCUAAUAGGGUGCCUCCAGCUGUUUCCCAACUACAACUCCCAGCAUGCCAUGAUUGCUAUUAGCUGUCAGGCCAUGCUGAGAAUUGUAGUUGUGAAACAGCUGGAGGCACCCUAUUGUCUAACGUCAUAGUGUCACAAGAAUGCCUCCCGCGAGCGCGAUCGCUACCAUCACCGCUAGCGGGGUCCCUGUGCCCUCUAGCGGUGUCAAAUGUGCCCCCCGCGAGCGCUACCAUCACCGCUAGCGGGGUCCCUGUGCC